AUGCUGCGAAGUAACACUACACCGAUUAAAAACUUGAAAUAUAUUUUUAGAUCACCUAAACUAUUUCCCAUUUUCCUCGUGACCUUUGUUAUACUAUUUGUUACACUUCGACUACGGGAUUAUAUUCAGUUGCAUAAUGACCCUUAUUGGAUAAAUUAUCAAAUACGAACACCAUCGAUCCAACAGCAGGAGCGUGAGAUAAAGAAAAUGACCCAGCGUCGAUUGGACACAAGAAUAGAUUCGCCAUUCCAAUAUGGAUGUAAGGCGCCCGAAUCUUUAGCACCAGGCAAACUCGGAAAAGCCAAUGCAGCAUUUGUUAUGCUUUGUCGAAACUCCGAGAUUGAAGGUGUGCUCAAUAGCAUUCAGUCAAUGGAGCGACAUUUUAAUCAAUGGUAUAAUUAUCCGUGGAUUUUUCUUAAUAACGACGAGUUUACCGAGGAGUUUAAAGCUGCAGUGCUACAACACACGCACUCCGAUUCCGAUAUUCAGUUUGGUAAGAUUGACGCUCAAGAUUGGGAUUUUCCCAAUGAUGUGGAUCAAGACGAGUUGUACGAGUGGAUAGAACUGCAAGGUGAUCGAAAAAUCUUGUAUGGAAAUAUGGUCAGCUAUCACAAGAUGUGUCGUUUUUACCUGGGAAAAUUUUACCAACACCCGUUGGUUAAGAAAUUGGAUUGGUAUUGGAGAGUCGAGCCAGAUGUCGAGUUCUUUUGUGAUUUAACGUAUGAUCCAUUUUUGGAGAUGGAAAAAAGGGGGAAAAAGUAUGGUUUUAAUGUCAUGCUUCCCGAUUUGUAUUAUAGUAUCCCGGGGUUGUUUCGACAUGUGCAGGCGUUUAUUAAACAGCGUGGUAUUACUCCUAAAUCGAGUUGGCGAUUGUUUACACACGACAAGAGGGAUUUUCUUGCCGAUGUAGGCGCAGGAGAAGGACAGGAAAAUUGGGCAACGCCUUCUGUUUAUGAUGGAAUGACAAAUGAACAGGAAAUCAAAACUGAAGUGCAGGACCAAAUCUAUUUAUCCAAAUUCCUUCAUGAUCUCAAAGACAAGGAUGAAUCGGUAUUUCAAAAGUAUCCGCAAAUUGCACAACGUCUCAUCUCUGAGAGUAAGAAAUCGCCUCAGCUUCACGAAGAUUUCCUCCAUCACCAAGAGUAUAAUUUAUGUCAUUUUUGGUCUAAUUUCGAGAUGGCCCGAGUUGACUUGUUUACCUCGGAAACGUAUCAAGAUUUAUUCAACUAUUUGGACAAAUCGGGUGGCUUUUACAAAGAAAGAUGGGGUGAUGCGCCUGUGCAUUCGUUAGCUGUUGGGAUGAUGCUCGAUUUGAAAGAAAUUCAUUAUUUCAGAGAUAUAGGGUAUCGUCAUGGCACAUUUGUUCAUUGUCCUGCAAAUGCACCAGGUGAACAACUAGCUUAUGAGCCUAGUACGAAUUUACCAAGACAAUUCGAGAGUGAACACAAGGGUGGUGGUUUAUCUGAUAAACCUAGGUUCAAUGGUGUAGGGUGUAGAUGCAAGUGUCCAACAAAGUACAUGUUUCGUUCUACUCCACAUCAUGAUAUGGAAAACCUGGGAUGUAUGGAGAAAUGGGCCAUGUUCACACAAAACUCGUACCGAGUUCCAAAGAAGAUAAGCGUGCUGAAAUGGAAGAAAAGAAUCACCAAGAUGAUUGAUCUGAAAUUAAAGAUGGGUGGAAAAUUGGGAGAUCUGGUUGUUUGA